GCGGGGUCCGCGUUACCCUGACGCCCUGCCCUUACGUAUUGACGUAGUGACGUAGCUAUAGCAGACAGCUGCUCGGCAUACGGGUCGCUGCCUGGAUGACGUUUGAGUUUUUGUCGAAAACACCAUGAUGACUUUAAUUCAAAUAGCUUUAUUUUGGAAGAAGAGUUCGUCGAUAUCAUUAGUUAUUUAGCAAGAUCAGUGUUUUAAACAGCGUUUAUCUCAUCACAGCUGAGCCUGAUUUCCCAGGUGUCUUUGUUGCACGGGGUAGAGGAGCAGAAUGAGCGGGGCGGCGCUGGCCAUCGAGAUUGUGGUCGUCUUUUUUCUGGCUCUUUUCCUCCUACAUCGGUAUGGAGACUUUAAGAGGCAGCAGCGUAUGGUCCUGUUCAGCACACUGCUCGCCUGGUACCUGUGCUUCCUCAUCGUUUUCAUCCUCCCUCUGGACGUCAGCACGACAGUAUACAGGCAGUGUGUAAGCAGCCAUCAGGCCCCCACUCCGGGACCUCAGAUCUCCAACCAGACAACAGGAAAUGCAACUGUUGCACCCACUAUUAGCAUUGCAACAGUGUGUCACAAGCCAUGGAGCUACAUUCCUGAUGGGAUCAUGCCUGUCUUCUGGAGGGUUGUGUACUGGACCUCACAGUGUCUUACAUGGCUUCUUCUGCCCUUUAUGCAGUCGUAUGCCCGCUCGGGGGGCUUCUCCAUCACAGGCAAAAUAAAGACUGCUCUCAUCGAGAACGCCAUCUACUACGGCACCUACCUGUUUAUAUUCGGCUCCCUGCUCAUCUACGUAGCAGUACAUCCUCAGUGGAGUCUGUCCUGGUACGAGCUGCAGACGAUCGGCAUCACAGCGGCCAACACGUGGGGUCUCUUCCUGUUGGUGCUGCUGAUGGGCUACGGCCUGGUGGAAAUCCCACGCUCUUACUGGGAAGCGUCUAAACAAGGACACCUGCUCAUCAAGACUUACUUCAAAGCAGCUAAGCUGAUGACGGAGAAAGCAGACGCAGAGGAGAACCUGGAGGACGUCAUGGAGGAGGUGAGGAAGGUCAAUGAGUCUAUCAAGUAUAACCACCCCUUCAGGAAGUAUGUUGAUACAAUCCUUAGAAAGUGUCCUGUUGAAUAUCAGGAGAAGAUGGGCAGGAAUAUGGAUGACUAUGAAGAUUUUGACGAUAAACAGAACACUUAUCCCAGUGAAAGGAGUUUGGUGAAGCUUCACAAGCAGGUGAUUUACGCUGUGCAGAGACACAACCGUACACAGGUACAGUGGCAGAUUCUUCUCGAUCAAGCCUUUCACCUGGAAGACGUGGCGAAAAAUGAGACCAGCUCAUCUCGCCAGUUCGUCCACAGCUUUGCACCAACAGAACCUGCGAAUUGGUUCACUCGGUACAUCUACACACCUACUGUAGAAUGGUAUUGGAAAUGUUUCCUGAAGCAAUGGUUUUAUCGUGUGUUGGCCGUGGUCCUGUCCCUCUUCUCUGUGGCUGUGGUCUGGUCUGAGUGCACCUUCUUCAGCACUCAUCCUGUCCUCUCUCUCUUCGCUGUGUUUAUCCGGCUCGCAGAACAAGAUUACAACUACCUGUACAUCGAAAUGGCAUGUUUCAUCACAAUCUUCUUCUUGUGCACUUGCGUGUACUCCACUGUGUUUCGGAUCCGUGUCUUCAACUACUACUACCUGGCUUCACACCAUCAGACAGACGCCUAUAGCCUUCAGUUCAGCGGCAUGCUUUUUUGCCGUUUGACUCCGCCCCUAUGCCUGAACUUCCUUGGCCUGAUUCACAUGGACUCGGCUAUCUCUCACCAGGCAAAAGAGCAGACAGCCUACACUUCAAUCAUGGGGUCGAUGCGUGUCCUCUCCUUUAUUGCCAAUGGAUUUUACAUCUACUAUCCUAUGCUGAUUGUCAUCCUCUGCAUUGCCACAUACUUCAGCCUUGGUACCCGCUGUUUGAACCUCCUGGGCUUCCAGCAGUUUAUGGGAGAUAAUGAGAUGACCUCUGACCUGAUCGAUGAGGGCAGGGAACUACUGCGCAGAGAGAGAAGAAAACGGCAAAGGAUAGAGGAUGGGGAGAACAGAAGAAGAGAGUGGCGAGAGCGCUACGGCCAGCAGAGAGAUGAAACAGGAGCCAGAAACCGGGCCUCUGCCUCUGAAAUGAAAGAAACCAAUUACGCUGACGCACUCGGCUCCAACUCAAACAGACAGGCUAAAUACUCUCGCGGUGGAGGUAUGCGCUCUGAGAGAGACCAUAUAGAGCUCCUGCAGGACGCGGAGCCUCUGGACUUCAAUGCAGAAACAGUCAGUGACGACCCGCUGGAGUCCAACAGGCACACAGGAGGACGGUAUCUCUCCAUGUCCUCCUCACAGAGCAGAAUCUUUGAUGACGUGUAAACACAUUACGGCAGGAAGAGCAGAAAGGAGGCUGAAGUUAUGUUCUGCUCAAUCUGACAUCACGUAAGGAGACAUUAUAGGACUUUGUAUCCUUCAUGAAUGUAGAAUGUUACAUUAUGCUGAGAAUGCACAACAGUAAUGGGUACUCAUGUUGUAUCCUUGAAUGGAGAGUAUGUAACUACUAAAAACCCUGUUCCAAUACUGUUUAAUUGCUCCCUCGUUGACUUCCCCUCUCUUUCCCCUUGGAUAAACGUUAAAGGUCCUUCUAUAACAUUAUUAUUAUUAUUAUUAUUAUUAUUAUUAUUAUUAUUAUAAGGCAUAAGGAGAAGGAACUUACCCAAAAGGCAUUGCGAUUUGACCUUUUCAGACGAGCAAAAAUUGGCAGAAGGUGUUGUGUAAAUAGGAGCAAUGAAAUAAUUUAUAUUUCACGUUUGAUUGUUGCUUCACAUUGGGAUUUAUGUUACCGUCUGCUACUUACUGUAGCUUUUAGCUAGUUGGUUCUGUAUAUAGUUCAAAGGAAAUCAGACAUACAGUCGCAAAACAUCUGAUUUGUUAUAUCUUGAUGCAAUAUGAAUGGCUGUGUAAUGGCAUUACUGUAUUUGUGUUCAUAGUUGCUCCAUAUUUCCUGAACCUAAAUAGAUUUGGUUAGCCUUGACUUCCCCGGGGUGAAGCACUACAGUGUUUAUUUAAAUCACCAUGAGCUACGUAUGAUUCACUUCUGCAUGAAUCUCUCAUAGAUGGGAUUUGGAGUGGGGUGGCAACGGGGGUGUGCUCGCUCUUCCUGUUAUACCUGCCUCCUGUUGUUUGAUGUAGGUAUCACACUCUUCCGAGUCAGCAAGGGCAUUUAAAACAGUAGUGAAACAAUUGGGUUUUUUUUUUUUCUCUUAAAUGCUGCAUGUCAAAAACUGGAUUUUUCUUCUCUUUGCAUACAGAGAAGCUCGCUGGUCAGUUACUAUGUAAACCUGAAUGACCCAAGCAUUAAGUCACCCCAGGCAUGGUGCAAUUAAUAUUCAAAUAUCUACAAGAACUUAAUUUUGAUUGCAUUCCUUUUACUGCUAAUAUCUAGAGGUGCCAACAUCUAUAAUUUAGCCGUAGCAUUUAUGAUUACAGGCUUACCGAAACUGAAUGCUUGAAACUUGGAUAAAUGUUGCCUGGUCGUUGUCCAUCCACCUCAAGUUUUGGCAUGUUGUGCAUUCUGAGAUGCUUUUCUGCUCACCACAGUUGUGAAAGUACUUAUUUACGUUACCAUAAUCUUCCUGUCAGUUCCGGUCAGUCUGGCCAUUCUCCUCUGACCAUUCUCAAGGCAUUUCCACUUGCAGAAGUUCUACAGAACUCACUGGAGUUUUUGUUGUUGUUGUUGUUGUUGUUGUUGUUGUUUUUGGUUUUUCAAACCACUCCCGGACUGUUGUGAGUGAAAAUUCCAGGAGAUCAGCAGUUUCUGAAAUACUCAAACCAGCCCGUCUUGCAACAACAACUAUGCCACAGUCACUGAGGUUGCAUUUUUUCCCCCAUUCUGGUGUUUGAUGUGAACAUUAACUGAAGCUCUUGACCUGUAUCUGCAUGAUUUUGUACAUUGCACUGCUGUCAUAUAAUUGGCUGGCGUACAGGUGUUCCUAUUAAAUGAACUGUUUACUGCAUUUGACCCCAUUUGGGUUUGGCAGGUCUGCUUCUGGUAGCAUUACUUUUGCUUUGCCAUGACUUUACCUAGGUGAAUUUGCGAGUCUCACAUUGUAGAUAAACUGUAAUUAGUCCCAGAUGUAAAUUUUGUCAUAUUAUAAAAAAAUAUAUAGAAUAUAUACGGUGUUUGAGUGCUCAAGUGAGAUUUGUUGGUUGAAAGGUUUAGUGUCUUCAGCAGAAAAUAAACUGUAAUAAAGUUUGGAGUCAUCUCACAUGUAAAGAGGUUGAGAGUGGACCUUCUAGGGAGGAAAUAUAUAUUUAAGGAAGUACAAAACUCUACAUAGUGAAGUAUGAUUUAAUUUAAUAUUCCGUCCAUUUAAGUGGUUUAUUUAACGCCUACACAUGCUUGCACAUUCACAUACUGUAAUUAAAUCUAAUAUUUAUUCUCAUUAAAUGACUUGCUACGUACAUAUGAGGUUUUUUUGUGUACGGUGCAGAUGGGCUUGUGGCCAGGGUUAAACUCUGAAAUUAACUUUGCCAGGUGCUGGGUUAAAAGCAGAACCACACACUAUUAUGUUUGGGGGUUUUUCUGUUAUCAGUUAAAAUGGCAAACAUCAUAUGAGUGAAUAAUGAUGGCAUUUAAUGUCAGUGUUUUUCAGUUUAAUGUUUUUUUUUCUUUUAAUCUGAUUUUGAUGUAUGAAGUUGACUGACAUACUGUAUCAUGCAGCGAUAAAGUGACCUUAUUUUUUGUGUGUCAUGAGAAAAAGAAGGAUUAAGUUACCUGCCAUUCAUCACUGCACUGUCAUCCUGAAUGCAAGAGAAAUUCAGACUACUGUGGCUUUUCUUUUUAAUUGUACAUGAUGCAUAAUGAUUAAUGAUCAGUAGAGUCGUUUUCAGUGUCACAUGUGAAAUGUGUAAAGCUGAUUUUAUUCUUUAC